GCCAGCAGAGGAGCCAGCAUGGUGGAGUUCGUGUCCUUGUUUUUGCCAUGGGAGCGCAGACUGCAGACCUUUGCAGUCCUGUAUUAUGUCUUCAGCAUCAUUACCCUGACCUUCAUCUGCUAUGUGGUCUUCAUAAGCCUCCUGUUCACAAGAUUCUGGAUCUUCCCUAUCCUGUAUGCCACCUGGUGGUUCCUGGACCGAGACACGCCACGGCACGGAGGCAGGCACAUCCAGGCCUUCAGGUCAUGGAUCUUAUGGAAGUACAUGAAAGACUAUUUCCCCAUCUCGCUGGUCAAGACUGCAGAGCUGGAUCCCUCCAGGAACUACCUCGCUGCCUACCACCCCCACGGGAUCAUGGGCAUUGGAACUGUUACCAACCUGUGCACUGAGGCCACUGGCUUCUCCUCGAUCUUCCCUGGCAUCCGCCCACAUCUUAUGACACUGAACAUGUUUUUCCAGGUCCCCUUCAUCAGGGAUUACAUCAUGUUAGGGGGGCUGGUCUCAGCAGACAAGGAGAGUGCUGCUCACAUUCUGAACAGGGAAGGAGGAGGCAACCUGCUGGGCAUUGUUGUUGGGGGCGUCCAGGAGUCACUGGAUGCCAGGCCUGGAGCCUACAAGCUGGUGCUGCGAAACCGCAAGGGCUUCAUCAGGCUCGCCCUGACGCACGGGGCAGCUCUGGUGCCUAUCUUCUCCUUUGGGGAGAAUGACAUGUUUGACCAGAUUGAGAACUCUCCUGGCUCCUGGUUGCGCUGGUUCCAGGAACAAAUUCUGAAGAUAGUGGGAGCUUCCAUUCCACUCUUUUAUGGCCGUGGUGUUUUCCAAAACAGUUUUGGUCUUAUGCCCUACUGCCGGCCCAUCAACACUGUAGUGGGGAAGCCCAUCGAGGUGCAGAAGACACCACAUCCCUCCCAGGAGGAGGUGGACAGACUGCACCAACACUACAUGAAGGAGCUGGAAAAUCUCUUUGAAGCCCACAAGCUCAAGUACAAUGUUCCCAGAGACAAACACUUGGAGUUCUGCUGAGCAGAGGCGCUGCCCCAAAGGGCAGGGCUGGACUGGGGAGGCUGAAGGGAAGGUGUUGUGAUCCCAGAAGGCUUCCUUGAGGUGUCUGUUGAACAGAUCUCCAGAGCCUUCACUGACUCCUGCAGCUCCACCUCAUGCCAGGCCCCAGGUCACAGUUGGCUCCAUGGCAGAGGAAACCAGACUCUGGCAUCAGGGAUUUGCUCUCCUGCACUGACUCCUCUGUAAUGGGCCCUCUCCUUGGUUUUGCCCACCUGAGAAAUGGGAGAGAUAUUGAGAGAGAA